AUGGGUCCCACCCUAAUUGGGCUCGACGAUGUUGCUCCUGCGACGUUGGAGAACCUACGCGACAUCCAGGCCGGAAAGUACUUCUUCCUGGCUGCGUUGACGGUCCUUAUAUACGAUCACGCGAAUACCUUUGCGGAAGAGGUAGAUCUCAUAUGGAAGAGGAAAAAGUCCUACGUACUUUACCUAUUUCUCACCGUGCGAUACUACGCUCUAAUCGCCGUAGCGAUUGUGGCAUUUGGUUACUUUUCCACCGCCAUGACACGCGAGAGGUGCUCUCAUUGGAUGUUGUUUUUACCUUUGGGGAUCACUAUACCUUUGACGAUCUUGCCAGGUAUCUUGAUGAUCGUGAGAGUAUAUGCCCUAUAUAAUCGCAACCUUUACGUUCUCGCCGGCUUGACCCUCACUCUUUGUCUCCAGACUGGAGCCGGGCUCUGGCAGUAUACAGUCAAGGGCGCAACACCUGCCCCAGACCCUCUGGAUAACUACGAGUACCAUUUUUGCAUAUAUCUGCCUCCCAAACGCAUCGGACAUCUUUCUACUCUGUUCAUCUCCCUGGAACUUGCCUUUGACUCUAUAGUCUUUCUCUUGACCAUCUCCCGUACUCUAUACAUGCAUUAUCUGGAUAGGAAGGAGAGAGAAGAUGGCGCUGGUUCGACACUUGUUCAAAACCUCAUUCGGGACGGUGCCUUCUACUUCGCGGUCAUCUUCUCCUUCAACCUCUCUUGGGUUCUGAUGAUCUCCCUGGCUCCGACCGGUCUUCGAGCCAUUGCCUCUGUACCAUCAGCAUGUAUUACGACGAUAAUGAUCUGUCGUAUCACGCUCAACCUUCGCACGACAGCUUACGGAGCCGCUGCUUAUGAUGAGCAAACGACCGGUUCUCUACAGCUUACUGAGAUGCCACGACGGUCUCGAUACCGCAGUAGUGCACGGCGCUCAUCGCUGCCCUUUGCGUCGACAAGCGUCACGUCGACUCUGCGCAUAGGGGUACAAGUACAAACACGUACGAAGAUCGAACGUGCGAACACAUACGGAACAUUGGAGGGCUCAACUAGAACGCAACGUCCAAGAGUCGUACGGUACGACGAUGCCGGUGAUGGAGAGUCCUACCUAGGGUUAGGCGAUGCCGCCGCACCGCCCGGCUCUUCCUCGCGGUAUAGUAGCUCGCCGUCGUAUGCCAGCGGAAGCGGCUGGCGUCUGAGCGAGCCGCCGUCUUUCGUUAGAGGUCAACUACGCGAGGCGGAGUAUGGCCCUGCUCCUGAAUCACCCAUCUCUCCGAGUUCAAACAUGACGACGUAUGCGUUCGCGAGUGUAGGAGAGUCUUCUCCGCGCGAUGAAUCCUUCCACCAUCUGCGCUCGACAUCCAGCACGACUAUUUCAUUGGCUGGGACUACAAGAUUGCGUCUUGAUUGUAUACAGUAA